GGGGAGAGAGAAGCCAGGGCGCUCCGGGCCGACAGCCAGGGACCGACGGGGCCUGGAGGACGUGGAGCCAGGCCGGACCCGGCAGGGCCAGGGCCAGGGCCGGCCCAGCUGCCCUGGCAGGAGCAGGGGGACAGGGGCCCCCGCCCCUCCCAGCUCAGGUUCCCGCAGCUCCAGGCCUGUCCCAGGCUAGUGGCAGGCACGGGAGCCAGGCAAGGGCCCUCCCUCGGCCCUGUCAGUCCCCGGAGCCCCGUGCACAGCGAGCUGGAGUGGAGGGAUGGCCUGUAGGGACCCCUGGGCGCCAUGAAGCUGUUCCUGCGGCUAGGUGGCUGCCUGGACCCAGGGGGGCAGGAGGGGCCCCCACUGUCCCGCACACGCUGGUACUGCCUGCCUGCCAAGGCCCCAGUGACGCUGACAGAGGCAGCAGAGGAUGGUGCCAUCUACAUGGUGGCCACGCGCCCAGCGACCCCCGCAGCAGUGGGGAGCCCCGGGGGGGGGCAGCCAGCCCGCUCCCUGAAAGCAGGGACUCUGCCCCGGCUGGCGCAGCACCUGCUGGAGGCUCAGACCCUGGGCGACACUGCCUACGUCCCAGCCUUCCUGGCCACCCACCGUGCCUUCACCCGCCCCAUCGAUGUCUUGCAGCUGCUGCUCGACAGGCUGGAGGAGGUCAGGGCACUGGAGCCAGGACCCCCCACCCCAGAUGUAACCGAGGUGCGGCGGGCCUUCGCGUCAGUGCUGUACUCCUGGCUGGAGGGGUACCCCGAGGACUUCAGGGGGGUGCUGGAGCCUGGCCUGUGGGAACGGCUGUCCCGGAGCCUGCAGGUGGCGGCGGGCAAGGGCUCAGAGACAGAGCAACAACUACAGGAGCUUCUGGGGGCCCCUGCCCACACACAGCCAGAGGGCGAGGGGGAGGAUGAGGAAGAGGCAGAAGAGGACGCCAAUCCCUUGGAUUUCCUGGGCUUCCAAGCAGAGCAGGUGGCUGCCCAGCUGACCCUACUGGAGGCGGACCUGUUUGUGCGCGUGGUGCCCUAUGAGUGCCUGGGCUCGUUGUGGUCACGCCGGGGCCGCCGGGGACAAGAGGGUGCCUGCCCCAGCGUCCGUGCCACCGUGCGCCAGUUCAACCGCGUGGCGGGCGCUGUUGUCCGCUCCUGCCUGGGGCCUGCCAACCUGCGCCCACUACAGCGUGCCCGCCUGCUGGAGAAAUGGAUCCGUGUAGCUGAGGAGUGCCGAAACCUGAGGAACUUCUCCUCGCUGUACGCCAUCAUCUCUGCGCUGCAGUCCAGCCCCGUGCACCGUCUCAAGCGUACCUGGGAUGAGAUCUCCAGGGAGGCUCAGCGCAGCUAUGAGGAGCUCAGCACCAUCUGCUCUGAGCAGGACAACUACAGCCUCAGCCGCCAGCUCCUCUUCCAGGAGGGCACCUCCAAGCCGCCUGGUGCUGACCCUAUCCCCCGGAGGCAGCAGCGGCGACCCCAGGAGCAGCGCCCUAUGGGUGUGGUUCCCUACCUGGGCACCUUCCUGCGGGACCUGGUGAUGUUGGAUGCGGCUGUGAAGGACGAGCUGGAGAAUGGAUACAUCAACUUUGAGAAGCGACGCAAGGAGUUCGAGGUCCUGGCCCAGCUACGCCUUCUGCAGUCCAUCUGCCGCAACUAUAGCCUCCAGCCUGACCCUGCCUUCCAGCACUGGCUGCACACCCUGCAGCCCCUCCCCGAGGCACAGAGCCACACGCUGUCAUGCGAGAUUGAGCCCCCGGGGGAGGCACCAACCCCACAGCGCCCACUGAAGCCCACCCUGGUCAUCACCCACUGCACUGAGCUGCUGAGCUCCGUGGGGAACCCCCUGAUCUCCUGGGAUCGGCCCAGCUCCACUACAGGGCCAGCGACCAGCCCUGACCUGCUGCUGUCCCCGCACAGCUCCCAGCUUCUCUCCCGCCUGGCACAGCAUAUGAAGUGGCCGUCAGUGUCAACGCUGGAUGUGGCCCCUGAGGAUGCUGCCACCAGCGCUGCCUCCCCGUCGCCUACCCCGGGAGGCUUCGCCCGCACCCACCGCCGCUCAGCCUCCUGCGGCUCAGCCUUCCCCUCCCCCCAGUCUGGCAUCCCCGCCUCUGACUGCCGCAUCAUUCGUGCCCGCAUGGGACUGUCCAAUGGCAGCCUCUACAAGAGUGUCUUGGUGACCAGCCAAGAGAAGGCCCCCGCUGUCAUUGCCAAGGUGCUGGAGAAGCACAGCCAGGACCCAGCCACAGCCUCCCAGUACCAGCUGGUGCAGCUGCUGCCUGAGGACAGAGAGCUGAUCCUGCCCCCCACGGCCAACGUUUUCUACGCCAUGAACAGCACCAGCCUGGACUUUCUGUUGCGCCCCAAGGGGCCCCCAGCACUGCACUCGCCUGCCCCCAGCACCCCCUCCCGGAGGCCAGAGCUCAGCGCUACCUUCCCCAAGAUCAAGGCCACAGGCCGCAAGUUCACCCGGGCCCUCUUCUGAGCCAGGAGCCAUGGAGACGAGGGACUGUGCGCUGGGGGAGGGGAAUACCCCAGAGAUGCACAGACCCUACCCGCUACUUGUCCUGGCUCUGCUCUGCCAAGUGCUCCCUGCUGGGGUAAAGGUGUAGGUUGCCAUGACAACACCCUUGUCUCCCCCUCCCCCCACAACUAUAGGAUGCUGGGUGCCAAAGACUUGUUUCCAAAUGCCAAAAUGGCCACUUCCUGUCCCAAACUGGCAGUUGCCUUAUGGAGGGUGUCAGACCCACCUUACAAGUGCUGAAAGAAGCUGCUGUGACUGGAUCUUACAAAUGCCCUCUCCCCCUGCCCACUUCAUGUCCAUGGGGCAUCACUGCCCGCCCCCCUCCAGUGAGGCACUUGUCCUUUAUAUGCCCAGCAGUGAGCCCCUCAGGGGGGAACCCCCCUCAUCUCUCCUCCGGGUCCUGGGGACCAAGGGGGAUGGACACUCCCCAAAGCCACUGGGAUAAGGGGAAAGAACAUCCAGCCUCUUUCCCCUUGUCUGAUGCAGAGCCUCAACAGUCAACAGCCCCCACCAGCCAAGGCAGGACCUGGGGGUGACCCCCCUCCUCUUCUCCCUCCUGCCCCCCACCGCCCCAUGGGCCAGAGACUGCCGCUUCUCAGGGAAUCUCAGCCUGCUCCGGCUCCGUCAUCCCCUCCCUCCCCACGCGUGAGGGAGCGGCAGGAAUCGUCCACGCUCCCACUCCAGGUUCCAGAUCGGGGCCUUUUGCCACCGAUGUUUUGCUGUAACACUAAUGAGAGAGCAAUAAAGGACACUAUGAGCAGCUACA